AUGCUGAUGUACUUUCUUAGAGUAGCUCCAGCGCUGCUAUCAAGCUGGGCAAAAGCCCCCCCUGGCAAGCCCAAUGCAGCUCCAGGGCACCACUUGCAGCCCGGGCAAGCCCAAGGGCAGAUUUUGCCUGGGCUUCAGCCCGAGGGCGCUGAUGUUAUGCUGACGUCAAAACCUCAGGAGAAUGUUAAGCAAUCGUUCUGUCCGUAUCAGAAAGCACCACUCUCUCUCUCUCGUAAAACCCCCAACCCCUAA